AUGAAGGAAACAAGACGGGGAUUCGAAGCCGAGGCUGUCCGUCGAUUGUUGGAGGACUCCUCGACGCCAGUCGGGAACCGCUCCGGGAAGAAAGAGGGCUUGUCGAACAAGACCGGAGUAGAGGUACAAGAAGAUUCUUUAACAAGAGGUUUGACUUCGAAGACUGGAGCUGUUCCGGCUGUCAAUGCGCCAACCCUGGAGGAGAGCAAUCCGGUGGCAGAUGACAGCCUUCAGAAGGAUCGUCCGGGUAUUAGAAUUGCUUCAGAAGAGAGCCUACCAGGAGCUAGUGAGCCUUUGACGCCGGAAACGGAGGUCAAUGCCUGGUUUGCACAAGCUGAGCAGGAGGUGGACGAAGCGCAACAUAAAGAAAAGGACAUGACGGCACCGGAACAGAUCCGGAUUCCUGAUGAGCAGGAAGAGAUGAUCCAUCAUCUCAUUGUCUCCGUGAAAGCCCCUCAGACCGUAAAGGCUAUACAGGCAGUUGCCCAUCGCCUCACCCAAGACUCUUCGAUAUUGUUUCUUCAGAACGGAAUGGGCAUGAUCGAUGAGGUUAAUAAAAAACUCUUCCCCAACGAAAAGUAUCGGCCAACGUAUAUCGUUGGCGUAGUCAGUCAUGGUCUCUACUCAAAUCGCCCCUUCUCCGUCGUCCACGCUGGCGAGGGGACCAUUGCCUUAGGAGUCCUGCCACGAGUGCCUAUAGGCGAAUCUAUAAAGCUAGAAGCCCUGAACCGGCUAUCGCCUUCCGCUCGCUACCUCAUGCGGACCAUGACAAGGACAGCCGUCUUCGUCGCGGUGGGUUUUCCUCCAACAGACAUUCUUCAACAACAGCUCGACAAGCUCGCCGUCAAUUGCAUCAUCAACCCUUUGACGGCCAUUCUUGACUGCAAGAACGGGGCGUUACUGUACAAUUUCUAUUUCCAAAGAGUCGUCAGGCUUUUACUGGCUGAAAUAUCUGUCGUCAUCAAAUCUUUGCCAGAGCUGAGUAACGUCCCUAACGUCAACAUGCGCUUCGAUACUCUGCGACUCGAGAGGAUGGUUUUUUUAAUAGCCAACACGACUGCCGAAAACCAUAGCUCUAUGGUGCAGGAUAUCCGGUCUGGAAGGCUUACCGAGAUUGACUACAUCAAUGGAUACAUCGUCAAGCGAGGCGAAGAGAUGGGAAUUCAUUGUGUCAUGAAUUACAUGCUUAUGCACAUGGUCAAAGGGAAGAACAAGAACACAUAUCAGGAGAACGCUGAUCUACUGCCGCUUGCUGGUCAAAGAAGUUGA